CUGAAUCCAGUGAGUCAGUUGUCAACAGGCUGAGCGAGAAGCACGUUGUGGAAACUACUUGUUCACCGUGACCGGUUGAAUUCGUCACCGUGCUGGGAAGCAACGUGUAUUUUUUAUUAUUGCUGUUGUUGUAACACUUUCUCGCUCAAAUGAAGCUCGGCGCUCGCGAAGCUCCCUGAGCGUUGUGGACAUGUGAAAUUUGAUUCCGCAACAGGGCAGAUGCAAGUCCCAGUCUGGAUUGAAUGGCACUGAGGAUACAAGAUUUCUACUCAGUGGGAGUACGGCAAUGACAAGCCGCCAUCCUCGUCAUGCAGACAGCACUCGACCCACAGACACGCAGCCACUUGGCGUGGCCCCCAAGGUCCAUGUCCAGGGAUCGCUGUCAAAAGAGACCAUCACAAUCCACUUCUCAGCUCUUGGGAAGGAGGAAGAGGAGGAAGAAGAGCUGUAUGGGGCAGGUGUCCUUACUGCCUCAGCUGCUCAGGAUAGCUCAAACGUUGUGACAGCAUUAGAGGCAAGUGAGGAAAUGUUUGAAGAAAUGGAAACUGCAGAAGAGGAUACAGUCAUGAUGGAAUCAUCCAGGCUUUCUGUGGAUCCUCUACAACAUAAGAACAGCUCCCUCUCACAAAGUACACUACUUUCUCCUGAGCAUAAAAGCUCAAUUUCCACAUCCUUUCCAACUAAAUCUUUCAGUUUUCCCUCCAUUGACAAGCCCUUCCUCAGCUUGGCAAAGACUGUCUCAUCUGAUAUUGAACCUCGUGAUGGAGUCACUUCUGCUGCUGCUCCUUCAGUAAGACACCGGCAUCUGAUGAAGAAUUUAGUAAAAUCACUAUCUUCCGAUACAUCCCAGGACACAUCUUCUUCCUCCACACUCUGCCGUCAACCAGAAUCCCGCCUUAACCUGCAGCUUUUAAAGCAGUUUGCACAGUCGCGAAUGCCAGUGGGCACCAUGCCAUCAGCUGGUGAUUCUAAAACUGCCCCUUCCUCGGCAUUAGUCUCACCAGAAAACCGAAGCUUUUUCAAAGUGUCAGAUGUUGAAGCACGCCUUGAAGACACUAAACGUCGUCUCUCUGAGGUCAUCGCUGAACCCCUUCAACUCCUAAGUAAGAUUAUGGAUGAAAAGAGUGCCAGUAUAGGUGGUGGUGGCAGCAGCAUUUACCGGCCAAAAAUCUACUCUGCCAGCACCACAGAACUCUCCAGCAUUACGUCUGUUAAUGGUCAUCUGGAGAGCAACAAUUACUGCAUCAAGGAGGAAGAAGGAAGUGACUUGGACAAUGAGAGCUCCAACGCUGGUGCUCCUGGUCACGUUCAGUCACCAAACCCACCCUCUGUAGACACUAAGAGCCCCAGUAAAUCUUUACUUUCCAUGUCAUUAGACAAGUGUUCCAUGUCUGCUCUGGCAAAGCAGGAAGAUGAGGACUUUUGUAUCCUGUAUAGUGAGGACUUUGACCCUUGUCUAGACACAGAUGACACUGGUGGCAGUAGAACGACUGACACUGGAAGUGAUACUCAAAUUAAAGUGCUGCCAAGUGGCAGUACUGAACCAUGCUGUGAAGACGAAUCUGAAAGUCCAGAGCCAGCUCCAAGUGUUCCACACUACACUCUAUUCCUUCUCACUCUGCUGGUCUAUGGGUAUUUUGUGUUGCCUUUGCCCAUUUAUGUUAGAGGUGUUCUGCUUGGAAUUGGGUUGGGAUUCCUUUUAGCCAUUGUGGUGGUGUGGCUGACGGGAUCAAAAUCUUCUUACAGUGGUUUUAGACAAUCCAGAAGCCGUGGGAAACUGACAAAGUUGGACAUUCAGGAACCAAAAAUCUUUAAGGGUUGGAUGAAUGAAAUAUCAAACUAUGACCCAGAGACGUACCACGCUACGCUGACACACUCUGUCUACGUCCGCUUGGAGGGAUCCAUCAUUCGUUUGUCCAAACCCAACCGCAACAUUACUCGCCGUGCCACACACAAUGAACCAAAACCUGAUGUCACCUACAUCAGCCAGAAGAUCUACGAUCUGACCAACAGCAAAGUGUACUUGGUGCCCCAGAGCCUUGCCAGGAAGCGUGUUUGGAACAAAAAAUAUCCCAUUUGCAUUGAAAUUGGCCGACAGGAUGACUUCAUGUCUAAAGCCGAGGGCGACCAGUGGGAAUCCAGUGAGGCUGCAGUCAUGAGAGACAGAGGAGAGCGAGCAGGAGGCACACAGGAGCAAGGUUCCUCCAGUCGGAGCGUGACCCUCUAUCUGUUUGGAAGGACUGGGAGGGAGAAGGAGAAGUGGUUCCAACACCUUCUGCUGGUGUCGAAUCUCAGGGCAGACACAAAGAAAGUGUCUAGUGUUGUGGCGAUAAAGAAUUCUGUGAGCUCCCACAGUCGCAGCAGCAGCCGCAGCAGCCUCGACGAGCUUCUGACCUCUCAGCCCAGGUCAAAGGAUUCCUCCGUGUCCUCAACAACAGGAAGUGCUAAAACGAAGCCACUACUGGAGUACAGUGUCUACAUGAGCUCCAUACUGCCAAAAGAGGCAGCAGUCAGAACGACAGCUGCUAGCCCCUCCCUCUUGAGUCCACAGAGCAGCCCCGGAGCCGACAAGAAGCUGCAGAGCAGCACCACAGUACAGCACAGGAAGGAGGAUGAGGAGAAGGAGGAGGAAGAUACUACUGCCUGGGUGAAUGCGGCACUUGGUCGAGUCUUGUGGGAUUUCCUGACUGAACCGUACUGGGCAGAUCUGGUCUCCAAGAAAAUUCAAAUGAAACUUAGCAAAAUACGGCUGCCGUACUUUAUGAAUGAACUCACGCUGACGGAACUGGACAUGGGCGUAGCCAUGCCUCGAAUCUUGGGGGCCUCUAAACCUUCCAUCGAUUAUCACGGUUUGUGGUUUGACUUGGAGAUUUCCUACAGAGGCUCCUUCCUGAUGACUCUGGAAACCAAAAUGAACCUCAGUCGUUUGGGUAAAGAUGGAGACGGACUGCGUGAAAGAGAAGUUGGCAAAGACGGGUACAGGCCUCGGACCUACUGUCUGGCUGACAGUGAUGAGGAAUCAUCCAGCGCGGGCUCCUCUGAUGAAGAAGAAACCUCUGAGCUGUCCAACGACUCAUCUGGUGCAGAGGGCUUGGUUGGAGGUCACAAAACGAGCAAGAUCAUGCGCUUUGUUGACAAAAUAGCCAAGUCCAAAUACUUCCAGAAGGCCACGGAGACGGAGUUCAUCAAAAAGAAGAUUGAGGAAGUUUCCAACACACCUCUUCUGCUAACAGUGGAAUUGCAAGAACUCCAGGGAACGCUGGCUGUCAACAUACCUCCUCCACCCACAGACAGAAUAUGGUACGGCUUUCGGACGCCACCUCAUUUGGAAUUGAAGGCUCGUCCAAAACUUGGAGAAAGAGAAGUCACGUUAGCUCAAGUAACAGACUGGAUAGAGAAGAAACUGGAUCAGGAAUUUCAGAAAGUAUUCGUCAUGCCAAACAUGGACGAUAUAUGGCUGACUAUCAUGCAUUCUGCCAUGGACCCACGCACAGCCGGCGGACCCUUAGCUGGUCUCGCUGUGGAUCCAGAGCCCCCCCAGCAGGACAGGGACCCCACCAGCCAGCAAUAAACAUGGUUUACAUUGUUUCCUCGAACUUAUCAAGUCUCAGAAUGGGAACUGGAGCUAAAGUCCAUAAGUCACACAUGUAACAAAAAAAAAAACACAUUCCUACAGCAAAGAAGGUUUCUCACUAUAAGCUGCAGGAAUGUCACAGGAACAACGAAGUGCUAAAGACAAAAAUUGACUUGCUGCUCUGCUCAGUACUAUUUAUUGUGCCAUCUGAAAAUGUGUUUUCAGUUUAAAGGAUUUAACUGUUAACCUAUUGAAUAGGCAUGGGUAUGUGAAGAAUGGGUUUUGUCAUGAACUGGGCGUGGCUUACAUGAAGGCGUGGUAUAUAAAGUCCUGUGAACGCACUCAUCACCAGAUACCUUAUAGGCCAGACAAUGAGACGAGUCACGGAAGCGCAUCAAUAUGCAGGAAUGUGGUGAUUUAUGAUGAAACUAUUUCACAGUGAAUAAACAUUGUGAGCAGAAGGAGAACUGUUAAGUGGGAGUUGACAAAAUGCUUUAGUAAAAUUGAUAUACUUGAUUUUACUAUGUGACAAAUCAAAAUGUGCAAGUGCUAUUAUGUCUUAAUUUGUUUUUCCUUUUUUUUUUUUUUUUUUGAUCAGGUGUUAACUAACAGUAUUUUUUUACUCCUACUCACUGACAGAGGAGGGGUGGAGCUUAACUGUCUCAAAAAGUGGCAGAUUUUGUAGAGUGAUGAUUCUUGGGUCACAAAAAAUUGAAAGUUCUUACUUUGAAGCAGUUUUUUUUUUUUUUCUUUAAUUUUGCAGGUUUGUAUUUGUUUUGUCUUGACAUUCAUGAUGUAAUGCAUCAUCCAGCUCUGAUUUUGGGGGUGUGGGUUAGAAUUGUGAUCACCUUCCUCUGUCAGUUGGUGGACUCUGGCAGACGUAUGUACAAAUUAGAUGAGCGCAUGUCUAAUUUGUGCUGUAUUUGCCAAGACUUCUUCGUGGCUACACAGAAAUAUUAUUGAAGAGCAAAGAUUGUGUAAAUGUGUUAUUAAUUCUUAAAAAAACAAACAUGCAGCAAGUGCAAUGGUAGGAAUACUGUGUAGGCUGAUUAUUAUUACACGUUAUGAAGUACGAGGCCUUAAACAUGUCUGACUGGACAUAUACGUGGCCCUUCUUUUGAAAGCAUGAAUAUAGUUUUUAUUCUGGGUUUGUUUUGUUUUAUUGAUUGGGGUAAUGCAGAAUAUUGCACAAAUACAAGUGAAUUUUUCUUUCUUAUAAUAAAACACUAUUUAACUUGCUGCUUCUUUUGCAGUUUUGUUUAUGUACUCAUCGGUAUAUUUGUACAUCAUUCAUAAUUAAUAAUGCUUGAAAUGAACAAUUUAAACUUUCGUCAGUGCUUUAAGAAACCUAAUUGCCAUAUGAUAGACAUUUGUUAAAGUUGAAUGACACUUGAGUGCAGUUACGGUACAUGUGGAACAGCCACACAUUGUUUGCCACUGAUAGCAGAUAUAUGCAUAAAAUCUGCUGAAGGGUUCAAAUCUUCUAUUGCUAUAUUAAAAACUAAUUAAAUUUACAAGGAUCUGUAAUAUUUGUGCUCAGUGUUUACAAAAAAUGUUUUUCACUUUACUUAGGCUCUAUAAAUCUUUUCCAUUUUGAUAUCAGCGGGUUAAGGCUUUUUCUGUUUUAGGACUAAACAGGAUGAAAUUUAAAAAAAAAAAAAAAUCAUUUUAAGGGUUAUAUGAAGAUUGUACUAUUUGUACCGAUGAAUAACUCUUUUUUUUUUUUUUUUUUUUUUUUAACAUUCCAUGAAAAUUUAAGGUCUGAUUCAACUGGAUGUAUCUGCCUCUAAUUUAUACAUCAAUAAAUUUAUGUAAAUGAAAAUUUUUUUGCUUUUGCACUUUUCCUUUUGCUGCUUAGUCUUUCAGCUGCAGGUGACUUUUUGUAAUUUUUCAAACACGUAUGGUGAAAUAUACUGUAGGGAUUUGUUUUGUAUGCGUUGACUGAAAUAAACGUUUUUUCUA